ACAGAAGCUCCGGGCUACCCGCACACUGUGCCACCGACACAGCACCACCGUCCUCCUGCCAGCACCUGCUCCAGCAGCGUCCCCCCAGCCAUGGGGGCCGGCACCGAGGCCGGCACCAUGCCGUCACUGCCAGCAGAACCCCACACCCUUCUCUGAGACAGGUUCUGCCCACGAACCUCUCCAUGCCGCCCGCUCCAGCAGGGACAGCCAGGGCUGCUGCAGCCAGCACCCGGGAGGAGGCGGUGGCCGAGUCCCAGACCACGCUGGCCCCGGCCCUGAGCUGCUGGCACCUCGGGGACGCGCCGGACACACCUCCGGGGAAGCGCGGCGGGGCUGGGGCUUUCCCUAUUUAGCUGUGGGGCACGGCUGUGCCAGCCGCACUGCGGGCAGCCGUCCGGCCCUCCGCCGCGAUGGAGCGGGCUCCCAACCUGCUUCUCCUCUGCAUCUUCACCUUUGCCAUGGUUCUGGUGCCAGAAGCCAAGGAUGAAAGCAGAGCAGCCAAAGGGAGGAGAAGGGGCCCUUCACGGCUCCCCACGGCCGCUUCCGCCCUGGCCUGGGCCCCGGAUGACCCCUACACUCCAAUGGAGGACUACGAGCGCAGCAUCCAGGACAUGGUGCACCAGCUGAGGAAUGGCUCCGAGCCAGGCGACACCAAGUGCCAGGUCAACCUGCGGCUCUGGAGGUCCAACCGCAGGAGCCUGUCCCCCUGGGCCUACAGGUGCAGUGGUGACCACAGCUCCAGCAUCUCAAAGCAACCACGAUGCAGUGCUCCCCAUGUCGCCCCGCAGUGCAUCAACCACGAUGCCACGCGGAUCCCAGCAGACAUCCCCGAGGCCCGGUGCCUCUGCACUGGCUGCAUCAACCCCUUCACCAUGCAGGAGGACCGCACCAUGGCCAGCAUCCCCAUCUACAGCCGGCUGCCUGUCCGCAGGCUGCUCUGCCAGGCGCCAGGCAAGGUGGGGCACAAGGCCUCCGGGAGGAAGAAGUGUCACAAGAAGUACCAGACGGUCAUGGAGACCAUCGCCGUGGGCUGCACUUGCAUCUUCUGAGGCUGCAUAAUGAACGCCCAAAGUCAUCUACGGGCAUCUAAGCAGCUUGCUCUUGCUUACCAAGCAUUACCAGGCUCAGCACUGGGGCAAGGAGUACCUCCAAGGGCUCCUCAAAAUCUCCCUGCUGAUUCCACCAGCCUCAGGCCAGGCUGGGGACACCCAGUGCUGGGGCAGCCCUGCAAGCAGCCCGGCACAUCAUCCUGCCUCUGGCCUUGCCAAGAGCUCUUGAACACCCAGUGAAAGGCCAAGAAUGGAGGGGGAAGGUCCUCACCCACCACUCCCAGCCCCAUGUGCAAACUUCAGCCCAGGGCUCGGCAGGGGGUGGGGAGCAGUUGACGUCCUGGGGAAGCUGAGGCAGCUUUUGAGGUCCUAAAUAAUAAAGUGCAUUGCUGGCCCCCGUCUGACCCACUCCAUGCCUUGGCCCACGGUGAUGCCUGGGCUGGAGGGGCUGUGCCGAGCAGGGAGGAGCAGCAUGAGGAGGGCCCCAC